AGAAAGUGAGGGACUCUAGGUUGAUUUGGAAUUUUUUCCUUGACAAUAAUGACCUGCUUCCUAAUUAGGGAGAGAAAUGGGGUGGGGCGAGGAUGUGGAUGGAGGCGGAUAAAGCCCCAGCUUUUCCCGCAGAGAGAGUGCUCCUCACAGCAGGGCAAGAAGGGGGCCACAGGACCAGGCUUUCCUGUUCGGAGGCGCCAUCUCCAGCCCCGGGACCACCCCUUCUCAGGCUUCCCUGGGCCGCGUACACCGGGCAGACAGCGCAGCGUGGGCCACACCUCAGAGGACCCUCGAGGCCCAGGGACCGCAGGGGACCACAAAGGGGCCUCCAUGGCUGCGCUGACAGUCUCCAGCGCAAGGGAGGAGAAACAGCAUCGGAGGAGACAACAGUCUCCCUACGUGUGCAAGACACGGUGCGGAAGUCAUCUCCCCAGCACCUCAGCCCCUGCCCACUGCUGCUCGGGACAAGGUAACCUGUGGAGGAGGCAGCCCGUGUCCCGGGAGCUUCCAGCUGGGACCCUGAUGACACAUCCCUGUGCAGUCCCAGUCCUUGGUGGACCCUGCAACUGCCCUGUGGAAAACCGGAGCAGCUACUGGAGGAUGAGACCACGCAGGCCGGGCCACGCUGCCCCAGCCAGGACCAUGUGCACCGGCCCGUAGCCAGCCUGCCCCCAAACACAUGGGAGGCCAGA